AUGUGCUGUUCAUCGGAAAUAUAUCUAUACAGGUUUAUUGCGAGAUUCACUUAUAACUUUCACUUAGAUUCACUUAUUGCCAGAUUCACUUAUAACUUCGCUAAACGUAAGAAAAGGGCUGUUACAGAUCGAUUGUUGCAGUUCUCUGGCAUUCGUUCAAUUUUGGAUAAUAGGUGUUGGUUGAUUUUUCUUUGUCCUGUUGGUGGCCUCGUGGUCUCCCGGGAUUACCCGCUCUGUCUGGGAGCUCGUGUGAUUGUCUCUUGUGUUAUUCUGGCAUUUUAUAUGGGUAAAGUUUGUCUUGCAAUAGAUAUGCGUGAAUAUUGUCCCAAAUUUCCCAUUCUAAAGCAACUGGUCUUGGCAAGUGAUGUAGAAAAUGUAGCUUUGUCGAGCAGUACAGACAUCCGCGCAUCACAAAAGACAAGGGAACGAAUAAUUUUGAAGAAAGCUGAAGGAUAUAGGGUUGGUUUAAAACCGUACAUAAAGUUAUCUCAGUGUCAUUUCGUUAUGUACGAUGCUUAA